AUGCCUCACGAGCCAUCCACCGCUGGUCAUAAGAGCAAGUCUAGCCGAAGACGUAAUAGAGCGAGCAAAGACAACGAUAGUACGAAGACUCAUCGUGGAUCACCGGCACCUCAGCCUCCGGACGUAUCAGACCAUAAUGACGCUGCCUCACGGGUCGAUAGCGACAAAUACAACCCUGAUUUUUAUCUGCUCGGCUUUGGGGCUCAGUUUGAUGAUAAGAAGUAG